AUGGCCCAUACUUCCUCGGCCGGCUUGGAGGUCUCCAAGAUGAACAGCAUGGGCACGAAGAGCAAGAGCACUAUGGUGGAGCGCAUUGAAUACGAUCCCUACGAAAUGCCUGGGCCAUAUGACGACGACGACGUCCAUCGCACCCAUUCGGGCAGACGACGUUCAUCGGUGAACGCGAUGCCGACGGUCUCCGCACAGUUCAUCAAGAGAGACCUCCACGGAUCGUUUCUGGACGGUCGUACUGUGAUGCAGAGUUACAUCUACAUGUUCCUGAAGAGCCCAUGGACGACCAACAGCCUGGCUGCCAUCACCAUGUUUGAUGCCUACUUGUCCUGCGUGGACAUCGACCGGGGUGCCGCGAGCUUGCCUCCGAUCGCCUGGGUGUCGGUGACAACACAGCUCUGCCUCGUUCUGUAUACAGUGGAAUGGCUGAGCUGGUUGUUUGUCCGCGGCCGGCGUAUUGUCAAAGAUUUGAUGCUCAUGAUGGAGUUGCUGAUCAUUCUCUGUGGCUAUGGCGAGCUCAUCCUUGCUCUGACAGUGGAGUCUGUCGCCGACAGCAUCGUGGCGUUCCGAAUGCUGCGGAUUGCCCGUACAUUGCGUCUGCUGAAGCUUUUCCGGCGCGUCGGCUACUUCAAAGAGCUACGCAAGGUGCUAACCAUGGCGACAACAUGCCUUCGAACGCUGCUGUGGUCCUUCCUUUUCUGUUUCGUGGUGAUGACCUUUUGGUCCAUGCUGCUUGUGGAUCUCGUGCAGCCGCUAAUUGUUGACUUGCACGAGAGCUCCAGCACCUUUGCGGACUGCGAAGAGUGCGUCCGGAUGUCAUCCUCGGUCAUGAUGGCAAACUUGCUGCUCUUCAAGACUGUGAUUGCCGGUGACAGCUGGGGUCUGAUUGCCGUCCCGGUGAUUGAGGCGCACCCAGCCACUGCCAUCAUCUUCGUCGGGUCAUUGCUGACGCUGGUCUUCGGCGUGCUCAACCUCAUAGUCGCAGUUGUGGUGGACACUUUUGCCGAGACACGGCAGCGCGAUGUGCUUGGCAUGGCUGAGGAGCUAGAAACUGACUUCGAGGAAGACCGGCGCUUGUUGCAGAGAAUCUUCGACCGCGUCGACACGCAGGGCAGUGGUCAGCUGUCCUUGGAAGACCUCUUCACAGCUGCGCAGGAAGAUCCGGAAUUGCAGAGUCGCCUCAGGGUCAUGGACAUCGAUGAGGCAGACUUGCAGCAGCUGUUUGAGAUGAUCGAUGUGGAUGGCUCGGGGACCGUGGAGAAGAGCGAGUUCAUCGAGCCGCUGAGUCGAUGGGUGCACGCCUAG